AUGUGGGUGCCGAACAUGCCAAUUGUGAUCGUGUCGACGGUGGCGGCCACGGCAGGAGGGCUCUGCUUGUUCAAAGACUUCUACGGCGGACCUCCUUAUGAUAAGAAUGUGAAGGCUGAGGGCAAGGUCGUCAUCGUGACGGGGGCCACCAGCGGCAUCGGCAGAGAGGCUGCCUGGGACUUCGCUAGACGAGGCGCUAAGGUGUUCAUGGCAUGUCGCAACAUGGAAACGUGCGAGGAGGUGCGACGCAACAUCGUGCUGGAGUCCAGCAACAAGUUCGUGUACUGCCGGCCCUGUGACAUGGCCAGCACUGAGUCCAUCAGGAAGUUCGUUGAACGGUUCAAGUCCGAGGAGCCCCAGUUACACGUGUUGGUGAACAACGCGGGCGUGAUGGAGCCGCCGGCCAGCGUGACACGGGACGGCUUCGAGACACAGUUCGGAGUCAACCAUCUCGGACACUUCCUGCUCACCAACCUCCUACUGGACACACUCAAGGAGUCAGCUCCAAGCCGAGUGAUCACAGUGACAGGCAGUGUACACCAACGCGGACAGAUCAACAAGGAUGAUCUCAACUUCGCAAAGAAGUACGACGCGCCGGCUGCGUACGCGCAGAGCAAGCUCGCCAACCUACUGUUUGUUAGAGAACUUGGCAGGAGGCUGUUGGGUACAGGAGUGUCAGUAGUGGCGGUGGACCCAGGCCUGACAGACACCAACAUAACCCGCCACAUGUCGGUGAUGAAGAGCGUCUCCCGCUUCAUAGUGUACCCAAUGUUCUGGCCCUUUAUGAAGUCCUCCAAGAUCGGCAGUCAGGUCAUCGUCCACGCCGCCCUAGAUCCAGCGCUCAGUGACUGUUCAGGGGAUUAUUAUGUUGACAUGAAGAAGAAGGAGCCUUCAAAGCUGGCGCAAGACUACGAGCUGGCGAGCUGGUUGUGGAAGGUGAGCGAAAAGUGGACCAAACUCGACCAACACAAAGCUGCGCUUGCGCAAGCCAAAGCUGCGUGA